AUGACCGGAGGGGAUUCCAUGGAUGCGAUCAGCCUGGACGAGUGGGAGCUCCUGCCUGACCUCGGGAGCUCCUUCUUCAUGGAGGAGUGCGCUGCUGGUGGUGGUAAGGAUCAGGAUCAGCCCUUGUUUGGGUCCGGUUUGGUCGUGAUCGACAUGGGCCACUUCACCAUCCACCCUGCAUCUCACCCUUGUACCUACUAUGAUUGCAUCCUAGAUGAAGAAGAGGCCAUGGAAGCACCGGUGCAAGCUGCCUCUACACAGCAGCAGCAUGACGUCGAAUUUGAGGACAUCGGCGUCGUGCAGGCCGAGCCGAGGCGAGGGGAGCUCACGAUGAUGGUGACCGAGGUACUGGUCUCCGGUGCAGAAGAGGAGGAAGAGAUGGCGAACACCCCUGUUGCCGAAGAGGAAGCUGGUGAUGAGGACGAGGUGAUGGUGGAAGCGGCACCUGAUCAUCUACCUCAUGAGGUGGAAGAAGGUGCGGAGAGAGACAGGGCAGGGAUGGACGCUGCUGGCUUCAGCGUCGGGAAACUGAGGGUGAACGGCGUCGGGGCGCUCUGCUCCUUCGGGGUCGCCGCUGCCACCUUGUGCAUCUUGGUGCUUGGCGGCAGGCCGCAGCAUCAGCAGCAGCAGAGGAAGAUUAUGGUGCAAGAUCAGAAGUCCCAGUUCCAGAUGUACGCCGAUGAUGAGAGAAUUCAUCGUGCCGUGGAGCAGGCGUCCAGGCUGAACCAGGCCGUGUCGUCGGUGAUGGGUGGCGCAUCCACCAGGGCGACCGUGUCGUUCGGCGGCCACUACAGCGGGUUCUGA